UCAAUAAUUGACCCCUUCCACCCUUAGAAUAUUCAACUCGGUUUGUCCAGCCGGCAUGGAGGAAUCCUGUGUUGUAAUUGUCAAGCUUAUACAAAACAAGAUUGAGAUAAAUACUCAUUUAAAAUUCCAAUUCCAAAGGAUAAGUAUUUUAGAAGAGCCAAGGAAAUUUUGGAGAAGAAGAUAAGAAAUGUACGUGACGAGGCCUCUGUCUUUGUUCAAGAGAGAUCCUUCAGCUCUUUCAUUACCUCCUCCUGACGGUCCAAAUUCUGGAAUAUUGGUAAUCCAAGAUGAAGAAGCUGAGACUACUUGUUGUUUUGGAUUGUGCCGGAGUUAUCAAGUUACAGACUUACCUUUUCCUCAAAACAAGAACUUGACGGUAGAGUAUUCAACAGACACUUCCCCAAACUCUGUCAUCUUCAUUCCUGUUCUCAACCAACCACUAUCUUCCAAUCAAUAUUACUGCAUAGAACGACAUGGAAAGCGUAAAGGGGAAGCUUACAGAAACUCCAAGGAGGAGGACAUGACAACGUGCUGUUUUUGUAGAUGUAUUUCUGAUUUGAAACCGCAACCUUUUGAUCCUCAGGCUCAGGACAUAUAUCAGCAGUUUGAGAUUCAAAGUUGGUGCGGGGGAUUUGUUGCCAAAUCUGUACCUUCAGAUGGGUUCCCUCCAGAUUUCUUGAGGAGAAAAGGUUGGGCAGUGCAAACCUCAACUUCAACUAAAUUCGAGCUAAAUGAAGCACCAGGCCUUGACAAAAUUCUCCGAUCCCGCCUUCCAGACUUCAACUUCCCAUUGUCUCAAAAAAGUUCCGCACCUGCGGUAGUAGGAAAGUGGUAUUGUCCUUUCAUAUUUAUCAAAGAUGGAACUCUUGAAGAUCAGGUGAAUAGAUCAAGGUACUAUGAGAUGACACUUGAACAACAAUGGGAACAAAUUUUCGCUUGCGAAAAUAGCUAUAAUAAUGGCAACGUUGCGACUGUGGACGCUGUCGUUGAAACAGAAGUGGCUGCAGUUGCUGGAGGAAAAGCUGGGAGCAUUGUGGCUGACGGGGUGAUGUGGUUUAAAGGCAUUAACAAUGCAGGAGAAGAAGCAAAUUUAGGCUUGAGUUUAGCAGUUUUUGAGAGAAUGAAAUGGGAGCAAGAGAGGUUUGGGUGGAUUGGUGUUGGUGAAAGGCAUGUGAAGGUGAACAAAGUGGAAGAGCUUCAAGGCAUGGAUGAGUGGAGGAAAUUUGGUUGCUAUCUGUUGGUUGAGAGGUUUGCAUUGAAGAGAAUGGAUGGAAGCUUGGUGCUUACUUAUGAAUUCAAGCACACUCAGCAUCUUAGGAGCAAAUGGGAAUGAGAAAAUUAUAGAUGCCCUGUGAGACAAAAUUAAACCUAUUUAUAAUGUAAUAUAUAUAUAUAUAUAUAUAUAUAUAUAUAUAUAUAUAUAUAAUCAUCGGAUAUAAAGAAUGACAUUCAUUAUUUUUCUUCCCAAGUUUGCAGUAGCUGUUCUUCUGCACCAAUUUAAGUUUGAUUGUUCUGUUACAUGUUAAGCAUGUCUGGGCUUGAACUCGCCCGCAAUUUUUUAACUUACUACUUGCAUAUGAACAGAAAUUCAGAGUUGAA